AUGUCUUCCAUGUUAGAAGAGGAUCUCCUCUGUCCCGUCUGUCUGGACAUCUACAAGGAUCCUGUUUUCCUCCCAUGCAGCCACAGUUUAUGUAAAGCCUGCCUGCUGCACAUUAGGAGAGAGAGACGGGAGCCAUCAUGUCCAGUUUGUCGGAGAAGAUCUGCAGGUGGAAACCCACCAUGUAACCUGGCUUUAAAGAGGCUGUGCAACACCUUUCUGCAGGAGAGGAGCCGGAGAGCAUCGGAGGGUUUUUGCUCUUUGCACUUUGAAAGCCUGAAGCUGUUCUGUCUGGACCAUGAGCAGCCGGUGUGCCUGAUCUGCAGGGAUUCAGUAAAACAUGCUGGACACAGAUUCAGACCAGUCAGUGAAGCGGUGUUAGAGAUUAAGCUUGAACUUGAGCAAAACCUGAAGCAUUUGCAAAACCGCAUGGCUGGUUUAAAAUGUUGCGAAGAACUCUUUCAUGACGGAGUGGAGCACUUAAAAAGUCAAACCCGAAACUCGGAGGGGAAAAUUAGGAAGCAGUUUAGGAAAUUUUUCUGGCUUUUAGCAGAUGAAGAGGAAGCUAGGCUAACUGCUGUGUGGAAAGAAGCGGAGCUGAAGAUUGGUAAAAUGGUGGAGCUGAUGGAGACUGUGAAGAAAAAUAUAUCAGGUCUGUCUGAAACAAUCAGAACCACGGAGGAUGAGCUGAACACAGAAGACCUCUCACUCCUGCGAAACUUUAAAGCAGCAACAGAGAAAAUCCAGAACCAGCUCCGAUUGGAUCCGCCAGAUUUUCCCUCUGGAGUUCUCCUAGAUGAGGCAAAGCAUGUGGGGAACCUCAGCUUCAACAUCUGGCUCAAGAUGGAGAACGCGGUCACAUACACGCCUCUGGUUUUGGACCCGAACACGGCAGCUGCAGACCUGCUGUUGUCCGAUGACCUGACAUCUGUGAGGCGGGUGAAGUGGACCGUCGCUCCCUACAAUCCGGAGAGGUCUGCUUUGAUGUGCCACUCCGUCAUCAGCUCCAGGGGCUUUAACUCAGGAAUUCACAGCUGGGAUGUAGAGGUCAGAGGUGAAUCCUGGAAGGUCGGCAUGGUAGCAGAGUCAGCUGACGGCCCCGGUUUCUGGUCCAGUGAAGCUCAGAUAAUGAAUGACUGGGGCAACACAUCAGAACAGCCAGACCUCACCACCUUCAGCACUGGAGAAGGAAAACUCCCCACCUGA